AGAACAUGUACUUUAUAUUAAGAUUAAUGUUGAUAAUUUUAUUAAGGCAAGUGUAUGCGCGUAAUGUACGAGAUAUUGAAGUAAUAUCAUUGCCAGUAUGGGGCUCAAAAGGCGCAUUAGAGAUUCCCUUAACUUUCAAAGUCUUCGGUCAAUUGAUUCAAUUGAAUUUACGUAGAAACGACAAUAUUGUAUCAUCUCAUUUUCAAGUCUGGAAACAUAAUAUGAAGGGUUACAUAGAAGAAUUAUCGCAUUUAAAUGCACCUCAUCCUUGCAAUUAUCUUCAUAAAAGUCAUGUUGAUUCUGCAGCUAUAAGUUUUUGUCAAAAGCGUGGAUUGCACGGGUUCAUCUUUUUGGAGAAUGCUACGUUGGAGAUCACACCUUUGCAAAACGGUCUUACAUCUUCACCCUUGCUCGUUGAUAAUAGUUACGUUAAAGAAGAAAUCGAUCUUACGUUGGAUGAACUUCACGUGGUCAAGCGAUCACCGCCGAGAUUAUUGCCCACUGAUUCAAAUUUUGAAACGAAGCAACGAAUACGAGAUGCAAAAGGAAAAUUAACAUUAGAAUUGGCAGUCUUUUUUGACGAAGCUGCAUACCGCUUGUUUUCGCCUUUUUUCGAUGAAGAUGAUGAAAGGAUUCGUGACAUGUUACUAGUGUAUGUGAAUGGUAUCCAAGCAUUGUAUCAUCAUCCGAGUCUCGGUGUCCCAAUCGAUAUUUCAUUAAUACGCUUAGACAUUAUUCAGAGGCAACCGUUUGAUCUACCGCAUUUUGGCGGUGAGAGAGGUAACUUAUUGGACUCGUUUUGCAAUUACGAGAACGCUCGUAAUCCUCCGGAGGACUCUGAUUCGCGUCACUGGGACAUGGGUCUUUACGUGACCGGACUGGAUCUUUACGCAAUCGAGAAUGGAAGAAGAAACAGUGCCACUAUGGGACUGGCUACUGUUGGUGGUCUGUGCAUUCCGCGUUAUUCCUGCGUAAUAGCGGAAUUGGGAGUUACGGAUCAACUUGGUAAGCCAUAUCCAUCUGCGGGCUUUACAUCUGUUUACAUUGCCGCUCACGAGAUCGGUCACAACUUAGGAAUGCAUCAUGAUUCGAGUGGCAAUGCGUGUCCGAAGGACGGAUAUAUAAUGUCACCCAGUAGAGGCGUUCGAGGCGAGACGGUUUGGUCCGAUUGUAGCCGUGAGGUGAUUGAAACGCUGUCGCAAACGAAAAUUUGUCUCCUAGAUCCGCCGGAACUACGAAACACUUCAGAUUCUCUCGCGCACGAUCAUUCGCGAUAUCACAAUUUACCUGGGAGAGAAUGGACUGCCAAAAAACAGUGCGAGUUAUUUCUACGUGAUAAGGAUGCGGAUGUUAUCACGUUGUAUCAAGCCUGUCAGUCUUUGCAAUGUGAAACACCUCAUAGGAGUGGAUAUUAUUUUGCAGGACCAGCUUUAGAUGGAACUCGGUGUGCAUUUGGCAGAGAAUGUCGCGGUGGAGAAUGCGUGUCCGUUUCCGAAUCGCCAGAAUUAAUCGAUAAGCAAAAAGGUAAUUGGAGCGAAUGGAAGGAAGGUUCCUGCAGCAGCGGUUGCUUGCAAAAAUCCAAAGGUGCUCGAGUCAGACGACGAUUCUGCGAGAAUCGAAAUCGUGGGAUAGCGAGAGAUUGCAAGGGGCUGUACUACGAUGUACUUCUAUGUAAGGAUGAGAAACUUUGUAAAAAGAGACGAAGAACGAUUGACGAGUUCGCCACAAUGAAGUGCGGCCUUUUUGGCGAGAAAUUAUCCAAAUUGGAUGGAACAAUGAAGGGAUUACAGGCGAUACACGAAGCUGACAGACCGUGGAUGGCCUGCGCUAUAUUUUGCCAACGAAAGGAUAUUGCCGCGUAUUACGCGCCACGUGUGGAAUUAAACGACCUUGGCCUCGACCCAUACUUUCCGGAUGGUACAUGGUGUCACACCGAAGAGGGCCAAGAUUACUUCUGUCGUCAGCAUCAUUGUUUGCCAGAAAGCUUUCGAACUGGGAAAAAAUUGUCGGUUUAUCGGUACGAGAACGAGAACGAGGAAUUGGGGCCGCAAAAUGCGCACAAUCGAUUUAAAAUUGCUGAUCAGUUUAUUAAGUAUCUAACAUUAGGUCCGGAUGGUUUACCUUUGCUAACUUCCGUGUCAUACGGUAUCGCUUCUCCGUUUAGUGAAGACGAAUGGAUCGACAAAGAUUAUAUUGAGUUACCUCUAUCCGUAUCUGAAUUGUCUUAAUCUAUCGGUUAAUAUAACGUAAAAUAAAAAGAAAAAAUGGGAAAAAUUAUAAUUAUUAGCCAAAAUAAAGUGACUUACAAGGAGGGAUAAAUUAUAUAGGGCAGGGGUGCCCAACCUUUUUACAUCUGUGAGCUACUUUUUUUAGUAGAACAACUUUGCGAUCUAUGUAUGUGUAAGGUGUAAGAGAAAAAGUACAAAAUUAAAAUAUGAUUUAACCGUUUAUUAAACAUAUUAAUAGAGAUAGGUGUUAAAACUAUGAACAAAUUAAUAAGAAAAAGAUUAAUAUAAAAAUUAUAAAUUUCACAAUAGAAUUCAAAUAAAAUAAAAAUCAAAAUAUGAACAUAUAAUAAAAUUUAAAAAAAGUAAAAAAUAAUGCAAAUAUUAAUGAAAUCUUUGACAUUGCGUUGACACUAUUCUAAUAAUUCUUGAAGUGCUAUAUUUUUAAAAAUUUAUUUAAUUGCGGUCAAUUAAAAUAAUGAUUUUAAACAGACGUAAUUAGAGAAAAAAGAUCUAUCAAAAAAACGUUGCAAUCGACCGAUAAAUCGCGAUCGAUGGGUUGGGCAUCCCUGGUAUAAGGAAUAAACGUAUUUUCUAGAUUUUUCGCGUACGAGAUGUCUCGAGUGAUAGGACGAGAGCGUGACGUCAUCCACUCGACCAUCUAUUUUAAGAAUGUCCCGAUUAUAUUCGUAUUUCUAUGGGAGCAGGACGGAAAUCGAGGGCAAUAAAGAAUUAUAUGUAUUGUAUAACUUAAUAUUUCUUCAUAUUUAGCGUGCAAAUAAUUACUCAACCAUGAAACUUAGUAGCAAUUAUAUAAUGAGACAUUGGUUCGACAUCAGAAACUAUCGUGAGCCUAUAUUUGUCAGUUUGUCUUGCGAUAUUUAAUGUAAACAAAAAUUCUUUAUAUUAGACAAAGUGUAUGUACGAUAAAAAUAAUGUACAAGAGUCGUUACAAUA